AUGAGACUUACACGGCCUUCCCGCUUCGAGCGCCUCGGCUCAAUACAAAUCAACGAGCUACAGCGCGUCAUCGAGCUCGACGCCGGCUCAGGACGCAGCACCUCCUCCAGCCUCACCGUCUCGCGGGAUGAUUUUCUCGCCAUCGAGUCGCGCAUGGCCAUCGUCGUGCUCUGCAUGAACGAAGAGUUCCGCACAAUCGAGUCCGUCUUCUCGGGCAUCCCGCACGACUGCCUCAUCGUCCUCGUCUCCAACAGCAACAGGACGCAGGGCGGCUACAACGACCGGUACGAGACGGAGGUCAAUAUCCUACAAAACUUCUGCCGCGAGGCGGAUCGCUUCGCUAUCGCGGUGCACCAAAAGGACCCUGGCGUCGCUGAUGCGUUUGCGGCGGCGGGGGCUCCUGAGUUGGUGAGCGACGGCGACGGGCUGGUGCAUAGUGGUAAAGGGGAGGGGAUGCUCGUCGGCAUGGCUGUCGCGGCGCUGAUGGAGAGGGAGUACGUCGGCUUCGUGGACGCCGAUAACUAUAUCCCCGGUUCCAUCAACGAGUACUGCAAGAGUUACGCUGCCGGGUUCCAUCUCUCGAGGGCGACGGCGGAAUAUGCCAUGGUCCGGGUGUCGUGGAGCUCCAAGCCCAAGGAGCGGAACGGGCGGUUGAUGUUUGAUCGGAGGGGACGGAGUUCAAGGGUGGUCAACGAGUGGUUGAAUAAUCUCCUGCAAGAGUUCUCUGGCUACGGGACGGAUUGCAUUACGACGGGGAAUGCUGGAGAGCACGCCAUGACGAUGAGUCUUGCGCUGAAGCUGAGGAUGGCGAGCGGAUUUGCCGUCGAGCCGUAUGAGUACCUCUACCUCCUGGAGCAGAUGGGCGACUUGGACCAUCAUCAUCAUCACCAGAACCACAUCAACCACCAAAGACUCGACGACGACAAUAACAGCGACACGCUCUCAGACGCAAGCAGCCCGAUAUCUCCGUCGUCAAUGUCGCAGCUCCUGUCGCCUCCCGCCUCGCCCGUCAGCCUUGGCGGCGGCAGCAGCAGCAGCCGGAGCAGCAGCAGAAACAGCAGCCUCGGCCGCAACCGCAACCGCAGCAACGGCUCGCGGCAGCAACACGCCUCGGUGCAGAUCCACCAAAUCGAGACGCGGAACCCGCACCUGCACGACAACAAGGGCGAUGAGCACGUCAGCGACAUGCGCGCGCAGGCGCUGCACAUGCUGUACCACUCGCCCAUGACGCCGGCGCCGAUGAAGGCGGCGCUGCGCAAGUGGAUGGAGGACGAGGGGGUGUUGGCGGUUGGGGGGGAGGUGCCGCGGGAGCGGGUGUAUCCUGCGCUCGGGGAGCUUGAUAUGGCGAGGCUCGCGGGGUUGCUGGGCGGGGAGAGUGUGAGGAGGAUGGUUGGGGGGUUUCCUUGA